GGGCCCGCCAAGGUCCGCGUCGCAGGCCGCCCCGGCCACGCCGACGAGGAGCGGAGGGUGCGCCGCAACUGCUACGUCGGCUUCGACUACCACUCGGCCAAGCCUUGGCCGACGGAGUUCGGCCAGCACCCGCCGCCGCCGCCCAUCGCGGCCGCGCUGGGCAUGACU